GGAGUGGAAUGCCAUGAAGGAUGUGUACACCAAAUAUGAAGAUGGAUUGCCAAUGCUCAGUGUUAUUCGGAAUUCAACGGCCAAAGCCCUGGUUACAAAGAGGGAGAUUAUUCCAAAAUGCUGGGAGAAAGAACAGAUCUUGAAUAAAACGUUGAAGAAUACCUACAAGAACUGGUUCUAUGAAGCAUGGGGUUUUAAGGAAGGGAAGUGGUAUGGAUAUUAUGGACCUGUGGAUACGAAUACUGGAUAG